AUGUCAUUAGCUAUCUCAAAAAUGACCGAUUCAAUCAAUUACAAGAAAUCAUCAAAUCUGACUACUUUUGGAAAUGAUAGCUCUGAAAUUGAAAAUACAGAUGAAAUAAUUGCAUUUUACGAUUCUCGACAUGUCUCGAAUCAUAUGGAUGAUGUAUUGAAUACUAUAUUAAUUGCUAUUAGUGCUGUUGCUAUUAUGACAGCAUUUGGCAUUGGUAUCGCAAUGGCAUCAGCACUUUAUCGUCGUCGAAGGAAACUUUGCGUUUCAUCAAAACUAUAUCGUCAUGCGAAAAGUUCAUUUUUUGCAACAGAAACAGAAACUCAUACCUGGGACAGUUUAUCAUUUAGUUGUUCUGCUACUGAUUUUCCAGCAUCAAAAAUGCAAUUUCACUCAUUGGAAUCACUAUCCGAUGACUCAUAUAUAAACAGUCUUGAUGAAGCAAUCAGUUAUAAAGCAUCAAUUGUACACAAGAAAUCACUAAAGAAUGCGUCACCAAAUUCAACCACUAACAAAACCGUUUCAGAACUUUCUGUUAAUGUUAACAACCAAUGA